ACAAUAUGUUCUAAGCAGAUUCAUAAGAUAUAUUCUUUUAACACGAGAAUAUUAUACUAACAAGAUUCAUAGAUAAUGCUGUUUAGAAUAUUCUCAAAAUAUAUUACUUUAAAAAUCAAGAAAUUAUUUAAAUUUAUAAAGAGAAAAAUGAACAGAUCUGCAUUUAUCAUACAAGUCUAUUAGACGUUCUGAUUGGCUAUCGAAUAGAGAAUUUUUAGAAUCUUGAAAGUUUCUCUUGCGAUUUCUGGCACUAUGUAUAUGAUUGCGUUCGAAAACCUAUUCGUCGGAGUAGUGUAUGAUUGACCAAUCAGAAUAAAGGAAUAUUUGCUACUCUAUUCCGAGUGGAUUUUUGAACGCAUUCUUCGGGUUUGAUGUAUGUAUGUAUUUCAAGCUGUUGGAGGGAAAGAAAAGAAAGAAAUAAAGUGUAAAAACUUUAAACAUUAGGCAAACGACUUUGCUACGCAUAAAAAUAUCUAAAGUCUGGUGAGUUUGGUGCGAAAAAUGCAGAAAGAGCCAAAAGGUACUCCCAAAUCAGGACGUAUUCGAAGAAUUCAUGAUCCAAACGUAUCAGAGAUUGCAGGAAAGCCUGUAUUAGAUGUCACAUUAUCCAAUAUUUCAAAAAAUGUAACCACUUCUCGUAAUAGAGCAACCAUGAUGCCAGGUGACAUUACACACAAAAUGUUGAAAAAGAAGAUUACGGUAAACAGUAGGCAAUCAAUUAUGCCACCGCAUUUGUCAAAGAACUUUGACACUGAAUAUAGACAAAAGAAGGCAGACACUGAAUGCAAAGAGGUAGAACUUGGACUUCUUUACGACGAAUAUUUACAAGCUAUGAUGAUGGAUCUCAUAAUAAAGAAAAAGACUGAAGAGAAAAAGCAUUUGAUGAUUACGCAAUUAGCUACUAUAGCACAGGAGAUUGACCAAGAUACAAAAAAAUUGAUGAAAAUCAAAUCAAGAGAACGUGAUAUAAUAAACUUAAGCUUAGCACAAAAAGAGGUAGAUGCGCAAUUAGCUGCAGUAACAGAGUGUACCAAACAUGAAACAUUUAAGAUUGCGAAAGAUAUGCUAUCCAAGCUGCAAUUUCUUCUAGAACCUAUGGAUGUAUUGCGGUGUAACGGUAUAAUACUUCCUAAAACACAAGACGAGUGGGAAAGGACUCGAGAAAUAUUAACGAAAUGUUCGAAUACCUUAAAAAGCAUCAUAAAUUUAAUUGGAUCGAAAGGCGAAGUGUAUUGCACUGUUAAUGAUGGAUUAAAGAAUUUUGUUGAAACGUAUAAUGAAAUAGAAAAUCUUCAGAAAAAAUUGGAAGAAACACUUUGCAAUUUACAAGUAAUGAUAUUGAAAAAUGCUUCAUUUUCGUUAAUGCAUGCUGAAAGUCAAGUAGAUUGAUGCAUUUGUAAAUAAUUUACGGAAGAAAAGUAUAAGAUAAUGUUUUGUAUAAUUUAUAAAUGAAUAAAAAAAAUUUUUAUGUGCGUUUCACAAAGAAUGUAUGUUGUUGAUGAAAACAUCGAUAAUAUGAUAUGAUGUAUAUGAUUUCAUUCAUAUACAUUGUAUGUAUGUAUGCGCGUGCGUUUCUGUAAGUUAAUUGUGAUUAAUUAUUAUUACAAUAAUAAAGUAUCUAUGCAUAUUGGAAUAUACUCAAUCUUUACGAUUGCUAUGUCCAUAUUACUUUUAUAUAUAAACUGAGUAAUCUGUAAUAAUCUUAUCGUUAGCGCACUCUCAAUUUAUCUUUAAUUUGCAUUUGUAAUAAAAAAAUAAAACUUUGUUGUCUUUUAUGGGAAAGGAAUAGAUAAUGUAAGAGAAAUAA